AUGGCGAGAAGUACUACGGAGUACACGAGCACUGUGGAGAAGAAGCCGACGAGUGAAAGUGGGGCGUCUCCGAGGGUGCCGCUGCACUUUGCCGUCCACAAGCCUGGCUGCCACGUGGAGAGCUGCUGCGGCGUCUGCAACCUGUUUCCAGGGGUGCUGCUGAUAGCUUUCGGCCAGGCACUGGCGGGUUCCGUGCUUCUAACGCUGAUAUUGACGCACGGGAGGCAGUACGACGUGAUGCACCAAACGCCCGAUACCCAGAGCAAG